AUGGGACGGGCUGUUAGCGAGGCGUCCGAUGAUGAGGACGAGAAGACAAGCUUGAGGGAAGCCGCGGUGGAGAUAUCUGGGACGACUGCUCUGCACAUGGCUGCGUGCGAGCAGUACCCUAAGACGGUUGACCUUCUUCUCUCCAAGGGUGCCAAUGCGAACGCCGCAGACAUCAACGGCCGCACUCCUCUCAUGGAGGCAGCAUUGUGGGGCCGCCUGCAAAACGUAGAGAUCCUAUUGAGGCACGGGGCCGACAAGUUUUUGGCAUGCAUCGAGCGGGACCGUCUUAUGCUUCCUGUCGACUUUGCGAGACCGCUGAGGGAGAAAGCACAGUCCCGACGGUUAUGUGAAGGUGGCUCUUCGAGCGCUGAGUACAUGGAAAAGGAAGAAAGGAGUCCGCUAAAUGAGUGA